AUGGUUUGCCAAGUUAUCUGCUGCUUUGAAGCGUUAUGGGGAGAUGUUUCUCUUCAUGUUUUGGUAUAUGUGGAUGAUUUGAUUAUUGCUGGUUCUUCCACUGCUGUUAUAUCUCGCUUCAAACGUUAUCUCAAUUCGUGUUUUCAUAUGAAAGAUUUGGGCCUUUUGAAGUAUUUUUUGGGUAUUGAAGUUGCUCGUAGCCCUGAUGGUCUUUUCUUGUCGCAGCGUAAAUAUGCUUUAGAUGUUCUGACUGAAGCUGGUAUGUUGGGCUGUAAGCCUAUAGACACCCCUAUGGAGCAAAAUCACCGUCUGGCUCUUGUGAAAGGAGUCCCUUUUGACAAUCCCGACUCCUAUCGUCGCCUUGUGGGGCGUUUGGUCUAUCUUUCUGUCACUCGCCCAGAGUUGAGUUAUGAUGUUCACACUCUGGCACAGUUUCUUAGUGAUCCGCAGAUUCCUCAUUGGGAAGCUGCUAUUCGGGUUCUACGUUAUAUCAAGGGCAGUCCUGGUCAAGUGAUGAACUCUUAA